CCCCCUCUAUUCUUUACCCUCUUUUCUCUCAUCGAUUUUAACCCAAAAAAAAAAAAGAAAAGAAAAGAAAAGAAAAGAAAAACCUGAACUGUAAAAUUACUAAAAUGCCAUCAUCAACAUCAUCAUCCUACCAGACCAUAGCCAAGACCACCACCGCCGCAACCCUCGGCGGCGUGUUCCUGCUUCUCUCCGGCCUGACGCUCGCCGCAACCGUUGUGGGCCUCGUCGCUGCCACGCCGGCGCUGGUGGUCUUCAGCCCGGUGAUCGUCUCCGCCGCGUUUGCCCUCUCCUUGAUACUCUCCGGCCUGGCGGUGUCCGGAGUUUGCGGCACCGCGGCCUCCUUCCUGCUCUACUGGAUGUACUGUUAUGCCGCCAGCGGGAAGGCGGCAGACAGAGCAGCCGGGAUAAUUGCCGGGGGAGAUCAUGAUGAACGUCAGGUUGCGGUGGAGGUGGAGGAAGAGGAAGACAACUUGGGAAGAGACAUUGAUGUGGAUUAAAUUAAUUAAACAAAACACUUUUUCAACAAAAUACUUGCACUUUCAAACUUAUAUUUUACUUUUUUUUUUAACAAAUCACCACAUUUUCUUUUAAAAAGUCUAUUUUAUCCCAACUAAAUCAUAUACUUCUUCCAUUCUUGAAAAUACUCCCCAUUUUGAUUAAGUGCCAAAAUAAAGAAGUGUUAAAUUAUACUCCGUAGUUGACUGCCAUUUUACGUACCCUUGAUAUUGAAGGAUAAAAAUAAGAUGUGAUGGAUAGAUUAUUCGAGAAAAAGUAUGAUGUGAUAGGAUGUUUCCAUCAUCUCCGAUGGAGCCAAAAUUUCACCUGUUUUUGGCUUUGGGGUGUGAUGGAAUAAAUCAAAAUGGAUAUCUAAACUAUUUGCGCUUCUUUAAUUAAUGAAGUAGCAGUUAGUCAAGCAAUGCAACUUUCGACGUUGAGCCGGGGGUCUCUUUGGAAACAGCCUCUCUACUUUCGAGUAGGGGCAAGGUCUGCGUACACACACCCUCCCCAGACCCUACUCUUGUGGGAUUUAACUGGGUUG